AUGCGUUUCCUAUCACCCCUCGGCGUUGUCACGCUUUUUGCCUCGUGGCCCUCACUCAGCCGCGCGAUUCAUCCGCCCAGGCCGGUUCCUCCGCCGGUCUCUCGACCGGUCUCGACGCAAUCCUCAGGGGUGGAAGGAGAGGCUACCUUCGAGCAACUCUUAGAUCAUCAUGACUCCUCAAAGGGGACCUUCUCGCAGCGCUACUGGUGGAGUACGGAGUACUGGGGUGGCCCCGGCUCACCGGUAGUAUUAUUCACCCCUGGUGAAUCCGCCGCCGAUGGAUACCAGGGCUACCUCACCAAUAACACAUUGACUGGUCUGUACGCGCAGGAGCUUCAGGGUGCUGUGAUUCUGAUUGAGCACCGUUACUGGGGUGACUCCUCGCCUUAUGAGGAACUGACAGCGGAGACGUUGCAGUAUCUUACGCUGGAGCAGUCCAUUCUGGACUUAACCCAUUUCGCCGAAACCGUUCAGUUGGAAUUUGACACUUCCAAUAGCAGCAAUGCGCCGAGAGCGCCAUGGGUGCUGGUCGGUGGGUCAUACAGUGGUGCUUUAGCAGCCUGGACCGCUGCCGUCGCCCCAGAGACGUUCUGGGCCUAUCAUGCCACCAGCGCUCCCGUUGAAGCGAUUGACGAUUUUUGGCAAUAUUUCGACCCAAUCCGUCAUGGAAUGGCACCGAACUGUAGCCGAGAUGUCUCGUUGGUGGCCAAUCAUAUUGAUAGUGUCGGGAAGAAUGGAUCUGCCGCAGCACAAUCUGCUCUAAAAGAGCUCUUCGGUCUGGGAGCUCUCGAGCACUAUGAUGAUUUUGCCGCUACCCUUCCGAUAGGGCCCUACCUGUGGCAGGACAACACCUUCGUGACUGGAUACUCCGGUUUCUUUGCUUUCUGUGACGCUAUUGAGAAUGUCGAAGCCGGCGCGGCCGUUGUUCCGGGUCCAGAAGGUGUUGGUUUGCAGAGAGCUCUUACAGGCUAUGCGAAUUGGUUCAAAUCAACGAUCCUUCCCGGUUAUUGUGCCAACUACGGAUAUUGGAAGGAUAACCAGACUGUCGCCUGCUUCGACACUCAUAAUCCAUCCAGCGCCAUCUUUACGGACACCUCUGUCGAUAAUGCUGUCGAUCGACAAUGGCAAUGGUUUCUCUGCAAUGAACCUUUCUUCUGGUGGCAGGACGGUGCCCCGGAAGGUGUCCCGACAAUCGUUCCUCGUACUGUGAAUGCAGCGUACUGGCAGCGCCAGUGCUCGUUAUAUUUUCCCGAAGUGAACGGUUACACCUACGGCAGUGCAAAGGGCAAGACUGCUGCGACUGUCAAUAGUUGGACAGGAGGAUGGUCCGACACCAAGAACACUAGUCGUUUGCUCUGGGUGAAUGGACAAUACGACCCUUGGCGCGAUUCGGGCGUCUCAUCGACCCAUCGCCCUGGUGGCCCCCUAACGAGCACAGCUGAUGAGCCAGUGCAGGUUAUUCCUGGUGGAUUUCACUGCUCUGACUUGUAUCUCAAGGAUUAUUCUGCAAACGCAGGGGUGAAGCAAGUGGUUGACAAUGCAGUGACUCAGAUCAAGUCAUGGGUUGCUGAAUACUACAAAUAG